GUCUGGUGUCUGCACCAAAUCAGCUUCAGGGAUGUAGUCGAAGCGGCUUAGAGCUCAGCCCAUCCGAGCUCAUCAUCAUGAAGAAACACUCCGCCAGGGUCGCCCCGCUGUCUGCCUGCAACAGUCCGGUGCUCACCCUCACCAAAGUGGAAGGAGAAGACCACAUCAGGGACAGUGUGGUGGGCCCCACAGACACACAGGCCGCGGGCGUUGUGGCCGGAGCAGAGUCGAGCUCCAGCAAACGGAAGCUGCACUGCUGCAUCAGAGUAACAACCGUACAGGUGAGCAAGGCCCUGUGGGGAGUCGCCAUGGUGAUGUGUGUAUGCUGCUCCUGGGCAGGCUCCACCCAGCUGGCCAAGCUGACCUUUAAGCAGUUUGACGCCCCCUUCACCCUCACCUGGUUCGCCACCAGCUGGAACUCCCUCUUCUUCCCACUCUACUACAUCGGCCAUCUGUGUAAGAGUCCAGAGAGGCAGACGCCCAGACAGAGAUUCAGGGAGUGCAGUAGGUUUUUCGGGGAUGACGGGCUUACACCCAAGGUGUUUUUCACCAAGGUGGCUCCCUUUGGCCUGCUGUGGAUCCUCACCAACUACCUGUACCUGCAGGCCCUCAGGAAGAUCAACACAACAGACGCCUCGGCGCUCUUCUGUUGUAACAAGGCCUUCGUCUUCCUGCUGUCUUGGAUUGUACUUAGAGACCGCUUCAUGGGGGUCAGGAUAGUAGCUGCUAUCUUGGCCAUAGCAGGCAUUGUGAUGAUGACCUACGCUGAUGGAUUCCACAGCCACUCGGUCAUCGGCAUCACGUUGGUCGUGGCCUCUGCUUCGAUGUCAGCCCUAUAUAAGGUGCUCUUCAAGAUGGUCCUGGGCAGUGCCAAAUUCGGAGAGGCUGCACUCUUUCUUAGCAUCGUUGGAAGCGCCAACUUUGUUUUCAUCAGCUUCGUGCCGCUCAUCCUGUAUUUCACUCACGUGGAGUACAUUGACUCACCUGGAGAGAUCCCCUGGGCUUGCUUCUGCGGGGUUGCAGGCCUGAUGUUUGCUUUCAACGUCCUGUUGAACUUUGGCGUCGCGAUAACAUACCCAACAUUAAUAUCUCUUGGCAUCGUCCUAAGUGUUCCUGUAAAUGCCAUGGUGGACCUCCACACAUGUGAAAUUAAUUUCAACACAGUGCGCCUCAUUGCUGUGUUCAUCAUCUGCCUGGGGUUCCUCAUGCUGCUGCUACCGGAGGACUGGGACCAGUGCAUCAUCCAGCUCAGCACGAAGCUGCGCAAGAGAGACGAGCCAGCAGAGGGCAGCGCUGAGGCGGGCGCCACCACCGGGCUCAACUGGAGAGGGAGAGCCAGGACCUCCAUGUCAACAUUUGCACAUUGAAGACGUCAGGAUAUUUGAUCUGCCCUCUUUUUCAUGAAGCUCCCUGGAUGGAAAAAAGUGUUUUAGACUGCCCUCUGAUCAGUAACACUUCGGUCAAGGGGGGAGAUGCAGGAAUGUGAGAAUCAUUCAUUUAAUGUCCUUUCCACUCACGAGUUGUCAAAGUUGGUGCAUGGACAAUGUUUAUUGUAACCCAAAAGAUUAUCAGGUAUAACUGAUUAAGUCAUGUAUUAAUUUGGCUGUACCUCUUAAUCAAUCCAUGGAUUCUCUACAUCCUUGCACCUGGGAAGACUUGCCAACUUGCCUGAUAUUAUCAGUUCCGAGCAAAAAAGCAACCUUUUUGGAGGCAGGCCUAACACCGUGUGGACUUGCUGUCUUUAACAUUUACACACCUUUGAGAUCCAAAGAAGAAUGCCUAAAAUGCUGAAAACAAAAAGUGAGGCAAACUGUGUGUAAACUCUAUGACAAAUACCUGCCUUUGGUGCACUGUACAUAGCUGUGUCACACCGUUCAUGUCGGUGAGCUGUGGACCCAAUGGGCUCAUCUGGUUUGAGAGGACCUGUCUGAAAACCUGAGGAUCAAUCUGAGACAGAGAAGAAGUGUGUCUCUGUUCAUCCUGAGAAAAGAGGUCAGGUCCGAUUUAACCACACUGAUUGGCCCCCUGUGGUCAUAUGCUUUCCUGGGGCUAACCCCUACUCUGUCAAAGCUGACACUCAUUGCUCAGGCCCACAGUUAAGGCACGAGAGAUCAAAAAACAGUUUUUAAUGGGUAGGGGUGGCAAACUCAUUUCAGUUAAGGGGCCACAUACUGCCCACUUUGAUCUAAAGUGGGCCGGACCAGUAACAUCAUAGCAUAAUAACCCACAGGCCCUACAUAACGACAAUAUUUCUGUUUAA